GAGAGAGAGAGACGGAGAGACAGAGAAGAGAAAGGAAGGAAGGAAAGAAGGAGGCGGCAGCGGCUUCUUCUUGUUUUCUGUUUCCCCUUCGGUCUUUCCCCCUCUAAGCGGCUGGAGGGCAGCGGCGGCCACGGCUCCUGCUCCUCCUCCUCCUCUUCUUCUUCUUCGGGGCCUGACAGAGGGAAGGUUGAAAAGAGGAAGACAGGCAGGCUUGGACUAUGGAGCGCAGUUUGGCGCAGGAAAUACAGAAGGUAUGAAAAGCUAUGGAGAUUGCCCCCGCUUCCUCCAGGUUUCAGAUGUUGUGAAAGGUGUGGCGCUUCGCAGCUUUCGUCCCUAGAGAAGAAGCAGGACAUACGUUUUCAGAUGGGACUGUUACACAAGGCUCAUGCUGCUGCAGAAGAUGUGUAUACAUUUUGAAUCCAAAAUAAAAGUCAAGAGGUGAAGAUAUAAUGAAAGAACCCUGUAUACAGUUUGGUUUAGCAAGACUGCAGUCUUCAUUUCAAGAAGGGACUGCUUGCUUGGCAUGUGAACAGGAUUAUGUAUAAUGAAGAUGGAAAACAAAGCUUACAAAAACUGACCUCUACCUAUAAGUUUAAGGUGACCUGUGAGACUUCAUGAUCCUUCUUUAGGAGGCAGAUUCUGGAACGAUGUUACAUCACCACUGCCGGAGGAACCCUGAGCUACAGGAAGAGUUGCAGAUUCAGGCUGCGGUGGCUGCUGGGGAUGUGCAUACUGUCCGCAAGAUGUUAGAGCAGGGCUAUUCUCCAAAUGGUCGAGAUGCCAAUGGUUGGACCUUGCUUCACUUCUCAGCUGCAAGAGGGAAAGAAAGAUGCGUUCGUGUAUUCCUCGAACAUGGAGCUGAUCCUACAGUGAAAGACUUAAUUGGUGGCUUCACUGCUCUACAUUAUGCAGCCAUGCACGGCCGGGCCCGGAUUGCACGCUUAAUGUUGGAAUCGGACUACCGCGUCGAUAUCAUUAAUGCAAAGAGCAACGAUGGCUGGACUCCCCUGCAUGUGGCAGCUCAUUAUGGCAGAGACUCAUUUGUCCGACUCUUGCUGGAGUUCAAAGCCGAAGUUGAUCCCCUCAGUGACAAAGGUACUACACCACUUCAGCUGGCCAUUAUCCGUGAAAGGUCCAGCUGUGUCAAAAUCCUCCUAGAUCAUAAUGCCAAUAUUGACAUUCAAAAUGGCUUCCUGUUACGCUAUGCUGUGAUCAAAAGCAAUCACUCUUAUUGCCGGAUGUUCCUUCAGAGAGGAGCGGACACAAACCUGGGGCGCUUGGAGGAUGGACAGACACCAUUGCACUUAUCUGCUCUUAGGGAUGAUGUGCUCUGUGCACAGAUGUUAUACAAUUAUGGUGCAGACACUAAUACAAGGAACUAUGAAGGACAGACUCCACUGGCGGUUUCAAUAAGUAUUUCUGGAAGUAGCCGACCUUGUUUGGAUUUCCUACAAGAAGUAACAAGGCAGCCCCGGAACUUGCAAGAUCUAUGCCGAAUUAAAAUCCGUCAGUGUAUAGGCCUUCAAAACCUCAAACUACUUGACGAACUACCAAUUGCCAAGGUCAUGAAAGACUACUUAAAACACAAAUUUGAUGAUAUCUGACCUUUUGCGAAACGUCUGGACAAUAAGCAAGAUUAGUUUAUAUUCCAGAUACCUUUCAAAGGCUGGUCACCUUGCACAAUGUAUAUCCUAUGCAAUUUCUGAUUUUUUGUUUUCUUUCCCGAGAAGUCAGAAGGCAGGUAUACAAUUCCUUGAGGGGAGGAGGUGUUUUAUACCAAAUGCUAGAAGGUCUUUUUGAAAUUAUAAUUUCUUGGUCCACGUUUACAAGAUUUAAACUUUCUUAACAACCUCACAGUUGCGGAUUUUGGUGUCCUUUUUUCCUGUUUUGUUUUGGGUUUUUUUUUCCAAUACAGGGGGAAUUUGGGUUUGUUUUAAAGCAUCACUUUUGAAAACUUAAAAGUUGCAGCUUUAGAACGAAGAAGGGAAGGAGCGUCACUUGUUCGAAGGAAGCCUUCCCUCAUGCCCAGGUAGCAUGUGUGAUACUGUGAGAUGGCUAGAUGAAUCCUAAACAAAGAAAAAGUGGGGGAGUUGUGGGAGCAAUCCACCAGGUGCUAUUGUUGGGUUCUUCUGUUGGUGAGACAUCCCAGACAAGCUCCUCUGAAUAGCAACAGUGCUUGGUGGAUUAAUCCGCUAGUACUGCUCCCAUACCAAGGACCAAUAUGGACAGGAGUCCCAGCAAUUCAUUGGAUUCCACAUGGUCACAAUUUUCUCCCCGUACAGAGUUUUUCUCAGAAUCAUGGCUCAGGCUUGUAACUAGGUUGUGUUUCCUAUAGACAUGGCACCUCAUUGAAAACAUUGCCACCUUCAUUCUUUUUUGUUACCUAAAAAAAAAUACAUGUUUGAUCGUUACCAUAAUUAUUGUAGUUUGAAUGUCCAUAUGUCUUUUUCUUCCUCUGAUGCCAGUAUGCAGACUGCUGUUUGUAAUUUAGUUUUACACUGCUCAGAUGCCUCUGUGGUCUCUGUGUAUUUUCUUUCCUAUAAAAGCAUUAACAGAAAACAAAUCUAAUUUCCAAACCAGUGCAUCCUGUUUCCCAUAUACUGUAGUGCCUCAUGUGCAAUAUUUUUUUCACUUUAUGUUUCCUCCAUCACACAUGUGAUUUUCACACAUUCCUGCCCCUGGCUCAAUGUGAUAUUUGUUACUGUUGGAAUUGCUGCUUUAUUGCUGUUGCUUUUGUUUCCCCUUUCAAAAUAUCAAAAAGAUCUAAUUCAAAUGUCUUGGGACUUUGGGACUUCUGUUUUCCUAUGCAAGAGGCCAAUUUGUGGUGUGAAGACCAGAAUCUGAGUUGGCAGUUUGUUCUGAAUCUUUUUAAAAGGGGCUUCAUGGUAUUGCUCUUCUGUCAUGUUUUCAGCCGGCUUGAUACUGAACAGAACCUGGGCUAAUCCAAGAUCCUGUUUGGCUAAUAUGGACCAUGUGAAAAUGGCUCACAUCUCAAAAUACUACCAAAUGUGAAUUGUGUGUAUAUGUAUUCGCUUCACCCAUAAGCAGAUUGUGCAAAGCUGAAAUUUGCCAUUCAUAGACUUGAAUAUGAACCCUGUGUGUACAGUUCACAUUUCUUGGUGUUUUGAAGUAUAAAGGGUUGGCCAUAAGCAUGACAAAACUAGCAUCAGUGCUGUCUUCUUUUUUUGCCUCUGAGAAUUAGAUAUGCAAUUUGAUCAAGAUUUUCUCAUGGCCAAGAAAAUCAUCACCUGAUCCCAAAUCUAACUUUGCAGAAGCCCAGUUUGUCCUUUAUUUUCCCACUUGAAGCUGGUACACAGUGAAUUAUAACAAUGGCUAUCACAGACAUUUUAGAUAAAGGAUGUGACAGAAGUUGAAAGUAUCAUAGAAGUGGCUCUCUGGAGGUUGCCCUCCAUAUAUCUUAGUGAGCAAAUCAAGUUGGAGAACACUGUUGGCGUUCCUUUGUUAAUAUUUCACCAGUUCUCAAGCACAUCCCAGUCAAUCUUUCUUGAAGGGGGUACAGGAGAUAAAUAACUGAGGGUCAGUUCUGCUGCUUAUUAUGAUCAGGAGAGCAGCAAUACUGUCUUUUCAUAGGCAUUGUUUCUGUUGGCUGACAAAUGGAUUGCAAAGAACUGCAAUAGCCAGGGAUGAGUGACUUCUGUUUGACGCUGGGUUUUGUAUAAGCAAGCGACAGGAUGGUGUGUCAGCAUAAAAUAACAGAUGAGUGGCAUUUUCCCCAUGCACACUUCUACAUGCAUCCAUUUUUACUUCACUAGUGGCCAAAGUAAAAUACGUUGUUUGCUGAAAAAUAGUGGAAUGGCCAAGUAACCCAUCUUUCCCCACAACUGGAGCCACAGGAAGGCCAUAUGUGCUUUAUUUAAUAUGCUGGAACAACUGCUAGGGUUUUGCAAGGCUAAAGUGACGUCCCUGAGCAAAAAGCUAAGUUCUGAUCUAGGAAAUGUUUGAAAAGACCUCCAGUAGUUUAUCUCUCCUGAAUUUUAGGCUCUUUGAUAUCUAAAGCCGCCAGAAAAGAGGAUUGUUAGCCAUGCUUAAGUGUGGUGCAUUGACACAAUGGAGUUGCAGGUCUGAAACAAUUUGGUUGGUUUCUUUUGUUUUUAAAAAAGUGAUAGUACAUUCUUAACAAACUAGUCUGACUCUACUAGUUCAGGGAUCCAUUGUAAAGUGAAUUUAACUUUGUCUUGCUGCUGUGACUUAAAAAAAAAUUAUAAAUGUCUUGCUGAUUACAAAAGUGCUAUUUAAUGACAUGUAUAAUUCCAUUUAUUUAUUUCUUUGAGGUUUUGUUUUUCUGUUCUCCCCAGUGCUUUUAAUCAUCAGUCCACUUGUACGAAGUCAAUCUUUUGUCAUAAAACUAAAAAUCCCUUAAACAACUUAUUUUUGGACCAUUCCUUCCAGUAAAGCUGUAUUGGCGGAUUCAAGACAAUAAGAGGAAGGGAAAGCCUUGGGUUCUAGUUCUAUAAACCAAUUAAGCGCUUGAGCGGUAAAGUAACUGUGUAGUCUGUCCUCUUUCUUCUCUUUCCUGUUUUAAUGUUCAGGGAGUCUGAUAGUUUACAUGGGAUGUUGAAUUGGGGCCAAAGGGCAGAAUUUACCACCUGCAUACUGUCACACCAAAUUAACCUGGAUGACAGGUUAUGCAGCAAGGUAGAUUUUUACCUAUUUGAACAGAAAGGGGAAAAAUGGGUCUGAGAAUUAGAAUUGAAUGAUGUUGAUGUGUUAUAGGUUCAUUAAAUCUUUGGACUUAAAAUCCAAGCGCGAGAGAGAGAAAGAGCUUCUGUCCAAGGCCUGUUACCACUUCUUGAACAUUUGUUAACUUUUUAAGUUUUUUCCCCUAAAAAAUACAAAAAUUGGCAAAUGCACCAAAGAAACAGACAAGACGACGAUGAUUAGCAAACCGCAAACCUCAUCCUUUUGGAAACAAAACCAGAGUUUUGUAAAUAUUUCUGUUUAUAAAUGUACAGCAGAGUAAGAGUGUGUUUUUUUUAGAUUAUUUAAUUACCAUAUUUCUAAUCUAUUUACGAUAUUAGAGACCAUAUUUGUUAAUUCCAAAGGCUUCGGUUUGGAUUUCUUUUCUUUUCCUUUUUAACUUUUGCUUAAUUCGUUACCCGUGCUAGGAACAACGUUUCCCUUUUUGGGACAGCAUGUUGACACAGUAUUCUGUACUUGUUAGUAUUUGGUACUUCAUAUGGAGAAAGAAGAAGAAGAAAGGGCAAUUCUGGCUUCCUGCAGAUAGUGGUUUGUUAACUCGGAGCAAGCUACAAGAACUUGAGAUUCUUCCUUUGUCUCACCAUGAGUCUUCUCACUUCUUCUUUCUCCGACUUCAUACUGGUCUUAACAAGGACUUAUUAUUAUAUUCACACCAAUACAAAUGUACCAGGAUUCUCAAACCCUUUCAAAUCCUAGUAAAGAUAGGAAUCUUGGUUCAGUGCAUAGUAGAACAGUGUAAUUUUAAGCCAUUGUUAAGGCUAGUAACAGAAGCAAGCGAGAAAAUCGUGGCUGCUAGGAGAGCAGGGAGAAGAACAGAGCCCAUAGUCCUGAAAUUAAGUUCUGAUCUGCAAAUCAUGAUUUACAGGAAACCAGCAUUUAUUCUGUAUCAGGCUCAAACGAUUGAAAAUAUAGUCCUCCAAGAAUUUUGCUUCUAAAUCUUCUGGAGCAACUCGCUGGUUCUUGGGAUGUGGGGCCUGAGGUGGAGACUUGCGUUGUGAAUUUAUAAUGCACCUGCCAAGUUUUUAUGGAGGGCAGACUAAGGAAACUUGAAACCUAACUCACUAAGGUUGGUUCACUGUCACAACUUUUGUUCUGGGAAGGACGAUGUACCAUUUUACCCGCUAUUCUAGCUUCCACACAGCUAUUUCUGUGUUAGCAAUAUCGUAACAUAUUUUAUUCUUCCUUUUGUAAUGUAAAGUUUUGCGUUGGGUCAUUUUGAAUUAAAAUAAUUUACCAAAUUCUUUUA